UUCUCCCGACUGUUUUAGGGCGGUUCCGCAAGCAGCAGCGACUCCUGCGAUUCAAGCACACUCCACUCGAACGCCGCGGCGCCCCCCGUUCGUUCUAAACCAAGUCUAAACUAAUCCAAACUAAACCAAGCCAGAGACCAAACAAAAUAGAGAAAAACUUGUUGAAGUACUUGAUUGAUGUGUGUGCCCAAUUGCCUGCCGAAUUGAGCGAGCGAAAACGAGAAGGAGUCUCCGCUGCCUGGCAAAAAGGCAUGCAUCGGUUUCCCCAGCCUCAGCUCAGCUGCUCAACUUGUCGACUUUCGGCCCAAACCGCUGACCAGGCCAGGACUUCCCCGGAUCCAGGACGAAACAGAACAGAACGGGACACGGACACGGACGGGCCAGUCCUCAGCCAUGGCUGCUGAAUAAUUAAUGCAGUUUCGCUCUCCGGUGCUCGGCAAACGGCAAAACUAAUUUAUGGCAUUAAAAAUGCAUAUUUUCUAGCAGUGCGUCGCCAGUUUUUAUCAUUUGCCAGAAAGGCAAAAGGCGCAUUCCACCAGCAGCUGUGCCAGAAAAAGGAGAAAGGAAAGCGGAGCUAAGACGACACGUUCGUCGAGAAUUGGAUUUGACUGCGGACGAGGCUGCGUCAGGGGAUUUUGAGUACGAGUCCGAAAGUUCUUUAGUCAGCAUACGAUAGAACGUAGGAUAAUUCACAUUUUUUUUCACGGGACUGGCAACGAAAUGGCUUUCCUAUGUGCACCGCUGGCCAGAGUAAUGACAUGGCGACCAUUGGUGACAUAUCGAUGAUCUCACCGCCCACGUCUUCCAUCUCGAACGAUCAAGACCCGUUUGGACAGCUGCCACCGCUACCACCGCCACUGCGUUCCACCCAAGUGCUCCAGCCGCUGAGCGUGUUUCCAGUGUCCAAUUUGAGCGAAGAUUCCUACGAUUAUGUUUUUGGUGGUCGACGUAAGACUCCGCCCACAACAACGUCAACACAACUCAAGCUGACCUCACCGCCUGUGCGUUUGCGACCCGAAGACGCCUAUCGCGGAGCUACCAUAAACAACGGAAGGUUCUAUCGUCACUCCUUCAGCUACGCCCCCAAAAGGCAGCGCCACUCGAGUCGGGAUGAUCGAGACCGCGAGUCUAGGUUGAGAUGUCAUGGCGAGGACGAGGCCACACUGCGCCAAUUGCUGCUCGAUUUGCAAAAGCAAGUUAGCGUGAUGAGCAUGAAUCUGUCAGCGAAACUCGAUGAGCUGCAGCGGGGAGAUCGACACCUGGAGACGACGGUCGCCCUGUGCGAAAUCCGCACCCAGCUCCAGGAGCUGACCAAAUCUGUGGAGAGCUGCCAGAGCGAAGUGUCCGAGGUGAAGCGGGACAUGGUGGCGAUCAAACACGAACUGGACACAGUGCAGCAGGUGAAGGAGGAGAUCGAGGAGCUGCGCGAAUACGUCGAUCGACUGGAGGAGCACACGCACAGACGGAAGCUAAGACUUUUAGAACAAGUUUGUAGCUUAAAUUAUUUGCCAUGUUGUGGUCUCACCUUCUUCCUCACCUACUCGAUUUUCUCGGCGGUGCUGGGCAUGCUGCAGUUCGGCUACAACACCGGCGUGAUCAACGCGCCCGAGAAGAACAUCGAGAACUUCAUGAAGGACGUCUACAAGGACCGCUACGGCGAGGACAUCAGCGAGGAGUUCAUCCAGCAGCUCUACUCGGUGGCGGUCUCCAUAUUCGCCAUCGGCGGUAUGCUGGGCGGUUUCAGCGGCGGCUGGAUGGCCAACCGCUUUGGCAGAAAAGGCGGCUUACUGUUAAACAAUGUGCUCGGAAUUGCCGGCGCCUGUUUGAUGGGAUUUACCAAAGUUAGUCAUUCCUAUGAAAUGUUAUUCCUUGGCCGAUUUAUAAUUGGUGUUAAUUGCGGCCUCAACACGUCGCUGGUGCCCAUGUACAUCUCGGAGAUAGCGCCACUGAAUCUGCGCGGUGGCUUAGGUACUGUUAAUCAAUUGGCUGUGACUGUAGGUUUACUAUUAUCCCAAGUGCUGGGCAUCGAGCAGAUACUGGGCACCAACGAGGGCUGGCCCAUCCUUCUGGGCCUGGCCAUCUGCCCGGCAAUCCUGCAACUCAUCCUGCUGCCCGUCUGCCCGGAAUCGCCCAGAUAUCUGCUCAUCACCAAGCAGUGGGAGGAGGAGGCGCGCAAGGCCCUGCGACGACUGCGAGCCUCUGGCUCCGUGGAGGAGGACAUCGAGGAGAUGCGGGCCGAGGAGCGGGCCCAGCAGUCCGAGAGCCACAUAUCGACCAUGGAGCUGAUCUGUUCGCCCACCCUGCGUCCACCACUGAUUAUCGGCAUCGUGAUGCAGCUGAGCCAGCAGUUCAGCGGCAUCAACGCCGUCUUCUACUACUCCACGUCGCUCUUCAUGAGCUCGGGAUUGACUGAGGAGAGCGCCAAGUUCGCCACGAUAGGCAUCGGCGCUAUAAUGGUUGUUAUGACCCUCGUGUCCAUUCCGCUGAUGGAUCGCACGGGUCGGCGGACCCUGCAUCUUUAUGGCCUGGGCGGAAUGUUCAUCUUCUCCAUCUUCAUCACCAUCUCGUUCCUGAUCAAGGAAAUGAUCGACUGGAUGUCCUACCUCUCGGUGGUGGCCACCCUCGGCUUCGUCGUCUUCUUUGCGGUGGGACCCGGAUCGAUACCCUGGAUGAUCACCGCGGAGCUCUUCUCCCAGGGACCUCGGCCCAGUGCCAUGGCCAUUGCGGUGCUGGUCAACUGGAUGGCCAACUUUGUGGUCGGCAUUGGUUUCCCCAGCAUGAAGACUGCCCUGGAGAACUACACGUUCUUGCCGUUCAGCGUUUUCCUGGCCAUCUUCUGGAUAUUCACGUACAAGAAGGUGCCCGAGACCAAGAACAAGACCUUCGAGGAGAUCCUGGCCCUCUUCAGGCACAACAACGGCAGGAGUAUGCUAAACUGCACAAAUAGCUUGGAGCCACAAAGUAUGAAUUCUGGCAUCGAGCAUGCCGCCUUGAUGGUAUCUGAGGAGAAGACCCAACAUGACUCACCUGCAUCCGAGCGAUUUUUAGAAGGCGGCCGAAGUACACACCAGGGCCGGAGCGCUGCCUCUGCGCCCCAUCACCCUCGUCAGCCUCCACCUGUCUGCCCGAGCAGCGGGCCUUGACUGAGGAGCGCCUCGCCUCCUGACUCUGCCAGUGUUCGUUCCACGAGUCGCGCUGAGGAGCCGCCUAACCGCCAGCAGCUCCACCACCAGCCGCAGCCGCAUCAGCAGGUGCACCACCAGUCCCGCUAUCCCACACACGAAUACGUACACUGUAGCUAUGAGAAGGAAGUCGUUUGUGAUCAGGCCAAUCCCUUGCAGCAGCCGGUGGCACCGCCAGUACAGCCACCGCCCAUAUCGCACCACUGCCAGCAGCAGCAGCAGCAGCAGCGCAAGCAUAGCCAUAGUCCGCACCACAGUCGCCACACCUCGCCGCACUCGCCGCACCACCCGCCAUCCGGCACCCAGCACCACCAUCACUCGCACCACAGUCGCCACCGGAGGAGGCGCCAGGGCAGUGGCAGUCUGCCCGGCGCCCACCAGGCCUCGGCCAACCACUCGGUGGUGCGUGCCCCCAUCUGCACCAGUCGUCGCCACCGCUCGGUGACGGAUAUAUCGCUGAAUGCCUGCCAGGAUCCGGCCUGUUCGGAUCGGGAGGUGCAGGAGAUACUGGUGCGGCGAACCUGCUGCAACACGGCCACCAACAGCUCCUCGCGCACCGAACUGGCCCAGUGUUUCGCCGAGGAGCUCUAUGGCUCCUCCCGUCGGCCGAGCAGUUGUUGCACCAGUUCCGACUACUGCUAUCAGACGGAUUCGACGAGUCUAUAUGGCUCCCGUUCAUCGCUGAGUCGCAACAAUUCGAUUAAGUCCGCAUCGGCGGUGGUGCGCAAACAUCACAGGAGUCAGAGGAGCUUGCUGCCGGAGCAUCGCCAGCCCAGUUACACCUCCAUAUCGUUGAGGGGCCUGAAUGCCAGUCGCCCCAACAGCCAGUUGGGCUCACUCACUUCCAUUUUCGAUCGGGCCAAGAGCAUGGCGCCCGAACAGGGAUCCACACUCGAGCGUCAGAGUUCAAAGGGCGCCCUGAGCAGCACCGAACUGCCCGAAUACGCCUGUUCGCCCUCGCCCAUCCGCUGGAGUUUCCUGGCCGAUGGCCGAUCGCCCUCCGAAAUGGAGGGAGCUGUGGGCGGAGGAGGUGGCGCCGGGCAGGAGGAGGAGGAGGAGGAGGAGGAAAAACUGGAUGCGUGGCAAGUGCCCGAGCCGGAGCCCGAAAUGAAGCCGUGCAGGAAGAUCACCAGUAGUAGCUCCGUUUAUGAUGAGGGUCCCAGCACUUCGGCGGCAGCUGCCAGGAAGCGACGCGGAAGCAAAGGAAGUCGGGGCAGCAAGGGCAGUGGCAGCUAUCAUUGCGAGUUCGAGGAUGAGGCCACCACCACGGUGAUGUUCCAUCAGGAUGCCGGCGAGGCGUACAACAACUGCUGCAGCAACAACUACAACUACAUACAGUGCAACAGCUACUUGGAUCAGGACCUGCAGAUCACCAGCGAGGACAUUCAUCAGUAUCUGUCGAAGGGCGAUGCCACAGCCAGCGAUAUCCUGAACAACUCGAAGAACUAUCCCUUUCAGCCCUCGAAUGCGUUAGAGUUUCAGUACAAGAAUAAUUUCCAGCAGGGUCAGAAUGCGAAUAACAAUAAUACCAAUACCACGAAUACGGCUUCGAGUGAUGCCGCCGAGUGUUUCCAAAGCUACAGAGCCAGCUCAAAGGAAACGAAUCUGAAUCAGAGUUCCACGGAACAGCUCUCGCCCACAGAUAUUAACCUGUCGACGAGCUCGAACAAUAUCAACAUAGUGUUUAGCAGCAGUCUGGAGCGGAAUGCCAACGAGGUGAAGUUCAUAAACAACCGAAGUGGAGGUGGUGGUAGUGGUGGUGCAGCUGGCAACUCCGAGGUGGGUUGUGAGGGCCAUCAUGCCGGGUAUUUGCCCUACACCUAUCCCAGCUAUGAUUACACGAACAUGUCGGGUAACUCCCACUUCGACAAGCCUUUGGGCAUUGACGAACUGCCCAAGGAGUUUGCCGGGGCCGGGGGACUAGGAGGUGGUGGUGCCUCCACCACCAGUGAGCACUCCUCGUCGCUGCCAUCGCCACAACCACUGACGCACCACCAGCAGCUGCACCACUUCGAGUCCUUCGACGCCGCCUCCGAACAUAACUUGCUGGCGCAGCCCAUGUCCCCGGGAUCACCGCUUUCGGGUUCUGUAAAUCCCGCUGGGGAUGACUUUGUGCAGAUGCAUCACUACCAUCACGCCACCUCACCACCGCACUCACAAUCGCACCCGCACCACAGCCACACCCACGCCCACGCCCAUGUGCACCACCUGCUGAGCCACCCGAGCUCGUCGCACCACGCCUACGAUCUCACCGAGGAGCAAUUCCGGUUGGGAUCGGCCCUCAAGCGAGUGCGCAAGCGAGCACGCAAGUACACCGACUUCCUGCGCAAGAAGUGAGCGGUUCCAGGACUCACUGCAUCCUGCAUUCCGCCCCGCCCCCCUUUAGAUUCACCCUACUUCGGGCGCAAGUAUCUGGUGGUCUCGAAGCGCCGAUCGCAGAGCCUGGACGAAGACUAAUCUAAUGUGGCGACUGGACAAGCAAUAACUGAAGCAGCGGUGAUGGACGGCCGACCGAGAACCAUAUUUAAAAUUAAUUACAAUUUUUACACUGCCAAAAAAGUUAAGAAAAUUAAAGUUAAUUUUGUGCUAAGCCAAAAACUCUGUUUAAAGCGAGGAUCACACAGAAACACGAAAAGAACACACAUGCACAAUGGGGAGAGUGGAUUUUGAAGGGUACAUAAAUCGGGAAUAUUAACUUAAGACCAUGGGGAGUUAUAAAUAUUUUUCUUUCGAAUUAUAGGGGUUACCUCUUCGAAUUACAAUAGAAAAUCUGAAAUAAUAAAGAGACCAGAUAGAAAUAGCAAAUGACCUAUGAAUAUCGGGGUUUCUUAAAUUAGAAAGGUAAAUAAAAGAUAAUACCACAAAUAUAGUUAAAGGAAAUAAUUUAUAGUUUUUGAAGAGAUCAUUUUAGAGCCUAUAAUUAUGAUUACCUUUGAUAAAUUCACUCCCCCAAAUGCACAAAUCACACAUACGAAUCACAUCAGCUGCAAACACAAGAGGAAGAAGAACAACGACUAUUUUAAAUAAUGAAAAGAAAUACUUAAGCUAACAGUGCGUAUACAUAAUAAAUACAAGCGAUAGGAGAGGAGAACAUUUGUAUAUUCAACUUAAACAUUAAGCGAAGGUUUUGAAUUUGCAUAUUUAAAUUGACUAAACCCAUAAACAUAGUUAAGAGCCAAGGCAAAUGGAAAUAAUAAUGCACACCUACUCAAGCCUAGAUGAUAGAAAAACCAAUCCAACAUACCAGUUAAAGCUAGCUAUAAGGAUGCGAUGGAUCAGAUCGGAGCAGCGCCACAAGAUUUAGAGUUUCAGCAACCGCAUAUGCAACAGCAACUGCAACUAAUGAAUAAUAUUAACCAUUAAUUAACAAACAAAACAGAAAGACAACAGCAACUGUAGUUUGGCACACUAAAGGCAAAAUGUUUAAAGUUUAAAAGAACAAAAAAAAGAGUUAAGAUUACAAAGAAAAGUGAGAGUUUUGUUAGCAUUUAUUUGAUAUGCGCGUUUUUCAGGGACUGCUUGCGAUUUUUGUAUUAAAGCAAUAAGCCGUUUUGCUCAAGGAUUAAAUACGUUCACGUUUUUUUCCCCAACCCAACAAUCUUUUCAAUUUUAUCGAGAUUCGUUUCAAGUGUAUUAUCCCCAACAACUGUCUUCCAAUUAUAUUUUCUAGUCGUAUCUCUCUAUAGCCUCAGUUGCUUUCAAAAACCUAAAUAACUAAAUGUAAACUAAGCACUCCAACCUAAUUUAAUAGCCGUUGAAUCAGACGUACCUUGCGUGAGAACAAAACGAGAAAAUUGUAAAUAACUGCUGUUGAUUAAUUAAUAACCUAAUUUACGAGUAACUAACUAAAUGAACUUAAUUUGUAGUAAUUAGCCGAGGCGAAUCAUUAUGAAUUAGUGAACCGAAAAUAAUAAAUAUAAAUGCACUGCCAAAAACAAAGGUUUUAAAUAAAUGAACAACAAAACAAGAACAAGAUCGAAGUAAGAGACGAUGUUCGCAAAACCAAAUCGAAAAUGAAAACUGCUGUAAAUAUAAGAAUGAAUACAUAUAGAGAAAUCAUAGACAUUUUUUAAAGGCACAUUAAUUAACGAGGAGCAUGCAAUUUGCAGAUUUUUUACAUUAUUUUAAUGAACUAAGCAAAACAAUAAUGAGUUAAACGGAAUAACGAAACCAAAACAAACAAAAUUUAAAAUGCAAAGCGACCGCGCGAUUUUGUAACAAAAUCAAAAGACAAAAUGUUAACAUUGCGUAAAGUUAAAUCAAGAAAAAAAGUAUAGACAUAAAAGCAGACAAAAACACAAAAUGGUAAAAACAACUCAAACACGGCACCGGAAACGGAAACGGAAACGAUACCGACUAUUUGGUUGUGAGUUCGAUCCGAUAACCGGACUGGUCUUAAGUUGUGUGCACUACUCGAACUGUAAAUAACAGAUCAGAAGCCGUAACAAUUAGCCGUAAAUACCACCCCCAAAAAAAAAACAAAAAAAAAACGGACGGAGUUAAAGACAUUAUCCAGUAAUAGGAAAUCGACUAUGGAGAAUAUCUAAAUCCAAGGCAAACCCUUUUUCAAGUUCACGUAGCGAAGACACAAACUUACCCCAAAGUUACCCAAAAGACCCAUGAAUCGAAAGGAUUUCGGUCCAGGGGCACGAUAAUCACACACCAAAAACCAAAACCAGCUGCAAGAAUUAGCGAGAGAUGCCGUUUGAAAUAUAUAGCUGAAUUAACACAAUUAACAAUGACAUUAUACCCUAGCGGUUUUUUUUACAUGUUUGUACUUUAGUUGGUGGUUCGGAUAUGUUCUAGCAUUUGUCAUAGCCACAUAUAGUUGUGUACAUAACUAGUUAAAAUUGUGCAUACUGAACGGUUAUCUUAAGUAUAUAAAUACACGCAAAGGUGAAUAUUAGAGAGUCCCCUAAAAGCUAAACACACUCAAAAAAAACCCGAUACAGACUUGACACGGAUUAAAAUUCAGAUACACUAAGAAUCGCGAGCCCCAAUUUAGGGGCUGCGAAGGACAAUGCGCGGAAAGUAAAGCGAAAUAAUAAUUAUAUUAUUAAUAUACAACAAUAAACUUGAACCUAGGUAUAUGAUUCUGAAUUUAAAUCAUUUUUAGUUUAGCAGAACAAAGAAACCAAAAGCAAAAAUGGAAACUCUAAACACUUGAAUGAAAUUAAAAGA